UUAUCGGAGGAAUCACUUCUCUCAAAACCAAACUACUCGUCGGGUUACUCAAAACCCUUUUUCUCCAUUGCCUCUGGCAACCAAACGAUCACACAUUUCUGUGGCGGUCAUGACCACCAGCCUUCCAUGGCAUCCGUUGUUCUCUUCCAAACCCCAGACUCUCCGGCGCUUCGCCGCCCCUGUGCGCCACCGUUUGCCGAUGCCCGUUCGUGCCUUCCGGCGAAGUGACUUUGACGGUUUCGCGAAGCGCAUGGCCUCCGGGGACGCCUGGAGGGACGCCUGGCGGAGCGCCAACGACGGCUUCGAGCUGCUCAUAUUCGAGGCGAAGAAGACGGCCGAGCGCAUCAACCGGCAGUACGCCGUCUCUCGCCGGUUCUCGGAGGCGGUCGGGUCGGCUGGCGAUUGGGCGCGGGAGGUGGACCGGGAGUUCGAGAUUGGGCGGCGGUGGCGGACUGUGACUCUUGAUUUCGGCAGGAAUUGGCCGAGGUACAGGAAGCAGCUCAAUGAUUUUCUAGAUACUCCUUUAGGAAGGAGUUUUGCUACAAUCUUCUUCCUCUGGUUUGCAUUAUCUGGAUGGCUGUUUCGGUUCUUGAUAUUUGCUACAUGGGUACUGCCAUUUGCUGGUCCUCUUCUCAUCGGGACUUUUGCUAAUAAUUUUGUUAUAAAGGGGAAUUGCCCAGCUUGUAGGAGGCAGUUCAUCGGUUACAAGAAUCAAAUUGUUCGCUGUGCAGGCUGUGGAAACAUUGUGUGGCAGCCUAAAGGGGAUGUCUCAAGAGGUAGCAGAGGCACUCCUCCCUCAAGUUCCCAAUCUGAGAUUAUUGAUGUUGAGUUUGAGGAGAAAUGAAGAGAGAUCCUCUACUGGUGGUGAUGUGCUCACUCCAUGUGCUUUCAAUGGCAUAUGAAAAGAAAAGAGAAUGCAGAAGAUCUGAAAGUUCUACUUGAUUUUAUAUUUGUUCUUAUAAUAAUUUUUCCUUCGGUGUUGAUUACUUCCCUUGUAUUUCAAUAGUGUUUGUAGGAAUUACUUCAAUAGUGAAUUUGUAUGAUAUCUCUCUUUCCAGCAGGAAAA